GCAUCAUGGACCCACCAAUGCCUCGCAGUACACGAUUGAUUCUAUUCGUAUUCUACCAAACAAUUAAAAACACAAAACCUCUCCCCCUCUGCAACUCGAUCGUCUUCUUAUCAAAAUGGCUCUCCCUUUACCCUCUCUAGAACCCCAACAACAGCAACAGCAAACCACCACCAAUCGUGAGAUCCAAGAGAUCGACAUUUUUCAUCGAUUCGACGUCGUAUCUGACUCAUCAGACCACCACUACCUUCACAUCAACAACAACAACGAAAAAAACAGUAGCAGCAAAAAAACCAAAGGUGAGGGAGAUUCUUUCACAGAUAUCUCAAGCGGGGCUUCCAAGAAGAUCAUGCAGGAAUGGAAAAUCCUGGAAAAACACCUCCCUGAUUCAAUCUACGUUCGUGUGUACGAGAAUCGAAUCGAUCUCUUAAGGGCAGUAAUCAUAGGAGCCGCAGGUUAGAGUUGGGCUUUAUAGAAACGAUGGGUCAUGUUCAAGUUGUAAAUCAUCGUCGCCUGUUCAUGUCUCAGAGAAAUUUAAAGGGUUGAUGGGUCAACUAUAUCCACAGUUGGUUUCGGCUUUCAAGAGAAAUGGAGCUU